GGAUAUUCAAGGAUGUGGAUAUUCGAGGAUGGAGACUAUCGCACUAUAUGUGAUUUUUGUAAACAAUAACGAACAGAGGCUGCCAGAGCCAGACGAAUGGAGCGCUGAAGUCUUAUUAAUUUAGAAAAUGUAAGGAGGGAUAUCGCAAAGAGUCGCACUUGAAUAAUGGAGAGCGGGAGUGGGUAAAGGGAGGGGAGAGAGGAGAAAUUAAUGACAUUGAGAACAGGGAAAAAACUGCGGAUCUAGAUGUCAUAAAAUAUCCGAUUGCGAUCCCGUGCCGUCUUGUGUGUUGCGUUGGAACACGGCGACGGGACAGACGCAUCCAGCCCAUCAGCGAUGCCCUCCACUUACCUACUACCUGCCCCCAUCAUUGUGAUUUUUUCUUGCUUCAAGUCUGGCUGGCCGCCCAAGAAUGGCGUGAGAUUUGAGAUUUGGAAAAGGCAAGCUGCAUGGGUUCGGAAAUGGCAAAAUGCAAAAUGCCGACGUGAGGCGGUCUCAUGGCGGCGAUCAUCAUGGGCAAAAGGCGAGGGAGCAGGGCGCCGUUGGCUCGCCACGGACCCCUUUUGGAUCGGGUUGAAACCACAUGGCACAUGGGCACCCCCCCGUCCAUCGUGGGGAACCCCUGGAACCCCUGGAACCAACCCCUGCAGCCCUGCCCGCCCAGAAUGGACGACAUCAAUUUUUAAUGAGAGCCCUGCUUGGAGGGGAAGAAGUAAAUGGAUUGGAGAAAAAAAAUAAAAUAAAAAUAUGAUUCCUUCUUGUCGCCGAGCGCACUUGACUCAUUGCCCAAAGCGCCGUGGCUGGAUAAUCUGUUGAUGGUUCCGGGGACUAGGGGCGUAUCGUGAUUGAGGUUAGAAGGGCAACCCGAGUGGGCGCCGACUCAAAUUGAGAGAACGACACAACCAGGAAGACCAAUGUCUCUGUCGGCGAUUUUGCUGUGAUUUCCCACUUCGCAGCGGGACGGUGGGACUGCUG